AUGUCAGUAGAAAGCAACCCUCGGAAAGAAACCGAGGUAUCACCAACCCAAUCGCCUCAGAAAUCAACCUCAUCAACCUCAUCAACCUCCUCAACGUCGUCGACUCCGAAAAAGAAAUCCAGCGCACCAGCUAAUGGGGAGCUACGUCCCUUGAGAUUGACGAGACAGCGGGAAAGGCUAUCAAGUACCUCGAAUGCCUCAACUAGUUCCUUAGGUACGCCUCCAGCAUCAAUAACAGCCUUCUCCCCUGACAGGCACUCUAGUGCUGCAACUGCUACUGCUACCACUACCACUACCACUACCACUACCGAGGAUGGGUUUCAAUGUCGUCCAAUAAGACUUGGUUCACAUAGGAAUAUAUCCACUGAGGAAGUGAAAAAAUCGGAACCUGAAGCGACCUUGACAAGAAAGAAAUCAAUACAGAUUAGAAAUUUGCCAAUCAAACGCAAUAGUGAAUCAAGCACUCACUCAGUAGUGUCGGUGAAAAGUGGCAACAAUAGUGACCACACAGAUGAUAAAGAUGAUGAUAUGGUGUUUGCCAUAUGUGUAGUUGAUUUCCACCAUCAACGAGGUCCAGAAAUACAAUGGUGGAGAUCAAACUAUCAUCCAACAUACACGCCGGACUUGUUUCGUAAUAUUCCAUUUCAAGCAUUACCCGAUGGGUCCCACCUAUUUGAAGAAACGUUUCUGAAUUUCAAUCUUGUUUAUGAUUUUGAUCAAGGGAAGUCAAUUGAUGACUUCGAUGCAUUGAAUGAGUUCCAAGGUGAUCCGCGACAUUUAAAGACAUUAUUUGGAUGUUCAUGCGUACGACAGGUGCGAACUAGUGAGUUGUCAGUCGAGGAAAGAGAACGGAACAAGGACAUUACUCGAUCUAUUGUACAGAAAGCGGUGGUUGUAAUUGUACGGAAACAGCCGAUUUUCACAAAGAUUAAAGAAAAGUUGUCAAUCAUCACAAAGAGUUUUUUCUUACAAGAGAGUCUAAAUAAUACCGAGGUGUUGGAUCAUCUAUUUGACAACUUAAACAGUCAGUUCAAGCUUGUGGAUAAUGAAUUGCACGUUGAUCUCGAACUGGAGGAAGAGAAUUAUGUCAAUUUGGAUCUACGAUCGUCAAUAUUAAAGUUCAAGACCAAUUUCAUGGUUAUAUUCAAGGCAUUGCUUCUCGAAAAGAAGAUCCUCAUCUAUUCAACUGAUAAUUUAGAAAGUUUAGCACAAUUUCAAAACAACUUGAUUUCACUUGUCCCCAAUCUAAUCAACAAUUUAGAUGACUCAGGUUGUCCGUUAAUAGACUAUGUUGAAACAAAUGGACCGUUGGAAAAACCACAGUCGCUAAUUUCAAAUAGUAGAGCAUCAAUGUUGAGAUUCUUUGGACUCCCAUUGCAAAUAUUCAACACCAAGAAUUCAUUUUGGAAUCCGUACGUACCGUUGCAGCAGUUGGGUGAAUUGAAGGUAGAUUCCUUUAUGAUUGGCUGUUCGAACUUGCUAUUUGUCAACCAAGCUACAUUAUUUGGAGUUGACUUGUUGAUUAAUUUAGACUCCAACGAAAUCACAUACCCAAAGACGUUAUCAACUCCAGACUACCUCACAUUGACCCAUCAGGAUAAAAAGUUUAUCCAUCAUUUGAUUAGUACUGUUCACCCCGACACCAAGGAUUACAUUGGAAACGACGAUUACAUUCGCUAUCAAUUUGAAGAUUAUCUAAACUCAUUAAUAUCAGUAAUGAGAUAUCACCAAUACAGCAAACGGUUCAACCAACCACCGCCGGGGUUCUCCAACGAGAAUUUGUCUAUUGGGGAUUUACACGAUUUCAACAAGACAUACAUUCAAAUUUGGGAAAAGACGGAAAAUUUCAACAUCUGGCAUGCUAUGGCUGAUGAAUUUAUCUUUAAUUUCAUUGAGCCGAUACAUGUCGGUCAUUCUUUAAAGCAACCGGGUUCAAUUAAUAAAAAUAUCGCCAAUUUUUUCAAUUCUUUUGCAUUCAAAGCCAACAACACAGGAACAGAGCCAUCUGAUGAAUCGAAGGCACACAAGUUUAUCGUUGAUGAUAGUGCCAAGAAGGAAAAUGAUGCUGAGUUGGUUGCUGGGUUUGAAAAGGUAGGUGUAUCGCACAGCACCAAUAGUAGCAGCAGCAAAGAUGAGACAAAGUCGAAGAAUGGUUGGGCUAAUGGAUGGGGGUUUAUAAAGAGAUGA